UUUUUUUUCAUCGACAUUUCAAGCAACACAUUCAUCCACACACCCCUUUUUUACUCUUCCCCCUUUCUCUCUUACUCUCUCACUCUCACACACUUUCUCGUACGCUUUUUCUUUUUUUCUUUUAUUAUUAUUUUUUAUCCCAUAAGUUUGUCAUACUUCUCUUGUUUCUGAUCCCUUUUAAUUGUCUGCACUGCAUGUCUUUCAUCCCUGGUCUCACAUACUCAAUUGCGUCCACCGUCUGGUCAGGUACCUCGGCCGCACUGGGCAAAGGUCACUCUAACAAGAGCGCUACCACCACUACGGUCACUGGUCCUGGUUCACUUCACCAUCACCAUCACCACCAUCACCACUCUUCUAAUUCCUCUCCUUCCCCCUCUUCCUCUUCGCAUCCUCACAGCAGCCCUGCUCCUAAUGGCAGUAAUGGUUUUAAUAAUAGCCGACGAUUCUCGCAGAGUCGCAGACACAGUAAUGCAAACUAUAACUUCAGUCGAAGCCAUCCCAACGGUCCCGGGGGUCCACCUUUGUCUUCGUCUAUCCCCAUGACUCCACCUCAUUCACCUGGUCAUUACAGCUACAGUGGUGCAUCCUCGGACAGGAGGUCAAGUCGUAGACGUAAUCCAUCUAUAUCACCCAUGCCAAGAACACCUCCGUCUUCGCCACUGCACGAGUCCGCUGCUCAUGAACCACAUUCUUCCUCCUAUAAUUUCUCCCGUAAACGAAACUACAUGGAAAAUACCAGCAGUAACAGCAACAGUAGUGGGAACACUUCGCGACCAAGCUCCAUGCAUGGUCAUUACAGCAGCAAACAGAGCACACAAAACGGUAGUCCCAACAACAGCAGGAAGAGUACUACCAAAGAAAAGGAAAACGUCUCCAAGGCCCCAACUACAGCUGAAGAACGGUAUCGAGUGGUGGAUGAUAUCCUUGAGACUGAAAACCUCUAUCGUGUCCUCGCAGUGAGUCGCACAGCAACAGCAGAAGAAAUCCGAAGGGCCUAUAUUGCCAAAUCGCGAAUCUGUCAUCCUGACAAGUUUCCAGAGUACCCGCGUGCAACUGAGGCCUUUCAGAAACUUUCGUUGGCCUACGAGACCCUUUCCAAGCCUUCUUCACGGUUUGUUUAUGACUCAACGGGAGGGUCAUCAGGCAGAACCAUGCUGGGGAGCGAUGAGACACUGCAAAGUGUACUUUCACAAGUAUUUUUUGAGUUUAUGGAUGGUGACUUUGAAGUGAUUCGAAAUAUGAUCAAUACGAUGAACAACAACGCAGGUGGCGUGAGGCUUGGGGAGGAUGUUAUUGGAGUGAUUGAAGAGAUGUUUCUUCGCUUGCGUUUUAUUUUACAUGGAUGCAAGAAAUAUAUGACAUUGGUUCAUGAUCAGGUGCAGCAGCUCUCGGAUAUCCAUCAUAGUAUGCGUUCAUUAGCAUAUCUGGAUGUCCUAGGGCGAUUCCGGCUUACGCUCAAGUUAUCAAAGGUCAUGCUAACUAUCCCUAUGAUUAUUCAGGAUGAGAUGAGACGAGAGAUGGCCGUGGCAGCAGCAUUGGAGGGCGCAUCGGAGGAUGAAGAGACUGGAGCGAAGAAGAAUGCAGGUAUUGUAGGGACUGUCUUCUUGAAUGAUCGCGUCGAAACGGUGCUCAAGAAAGUUGUUUCAGCAAUUGAAACAGGAGAACGCUGGGUGUAGUAGUUGCCGGAUAGAAGUAGCGACAUUGUAUAAUUACCAUAGAUCAUCAUCAACCCUGUUCAUUCACUUUAUUACUUACAUUGCUAUUACUAUUAGUUUUUUUUUGCUUUUGUAUUUUUUUUUUGUAAAAGCAUUUAAUACCUUUUCGAUUCUUGAUAUGUACUAUCACGCU